AGAACAUUAUGAAAAUAUAAAUAUCCGUUCGAAGUUUGAUUUCAGAACGAAAUAAAAAAAAAGUUAAAGCAAACGUCACCCUUUUUGAGCAACGCAUUUUUGUCUGUUUUUAAAAAUACAGCCGUAAUUUUCUGGGCGUAUAUUCUCACGCACCAUGUACUAAAAACAUAAACGCUGGUCAAUAACAAGCGCUGCAGCUAUGGUUUUAUGAUAUCUUGUUAAUUCAAGCUGGACGUGAUGUCGAAAGCCGUCACUAUACCGGAGUGUAACAACGAUAUAGGAGGUAUGAAAGACGAGGUAUCCACGUCGCCGCCCGAGAAGAGGGAAGGUGCUAUGGGCUUGUUCAGUCGCCUUUUGCGAUUGGACACUUUGAAGAGGAGCGCAGCCGUGAGCCCUACGCCGACGGAGCCCCCGAUGACGUAUUACGGGGUGUACAUUCCUUGCGAAAUUAAAAAGGGCCCUGAUGAAGAAGCAAUACACGUGUACGAAAACAAGGCGGAGGCGCUAGAACUGGUUAGGCGCUACAAACUGGGCAGGUUCAAGGCUUUCCAUGACCGGAAGGAAGCCGUGUCUUUCGCGCUGCGCGGGGCCGAGCCUGCGGACACCACGGAUGGCAAUGAUAGCUCUCUAAUGGGCGAAAAGCCAUAUCCAUUCAAGGCGCCGUCGCCCCAGGAUAUGGUGGCCCUUCGGAAGUCGAUCGAGAAGGGACUUCUGGCCGCUGUGAGGGAGAGAGUGUGGGACAACCCCCGGUAUCUCGUCAGCAGUGGAAACACACCGGCUAUUAUGCAGGAGGGUUCCCGCUACAACGCUUUGCACGUAGCAGCCAAAGCGCUGAACGCGGAGAUGUGUAAUCUCGUGCUGACGACGGUCGGCAACCCUGCCUUCGUGCAGACCUUGUACGGGCUGGACGCUGACGCCGACUGUUGCAAAGUGAGAAUAUUAACUACUAUUAGUUCACAAGGUUCCCGCUACAACGCUCUGCACGUAGCAGCCAAAGCGCUGAACGCGGAGAUGUGUAAUCUCGUGCUGACGACGGUCGGCAACCCUGCCUUCGUGCAGACCUUGUACGGGCUGGACGCUGACGCCGACUGUUGCAAGGUGAGAAUAUUAACUACUGUUAGUUCACAAGGUUCCCGCUACAACGCUUUGCACGUAGCAGCCAAAGCGCUGAACGCGGAGAUGUGUAAUCUCGUGCUGACGACGGUCGGCAACCCUGCCUUCGUGCAGACCUUGUACGGGCUGGACGCUGACGCCGACUGUUGCAAAGAAUUCGCCGCGAUCCUAGUGGACCGCUACCUGAACACGCCCGACAAGGGCAUGAACGAGACGCCGCUGCACUUCGCGGCCAAGUUCGGCGCCGAGGCGUGCGUGGACGUGCUCACAUCCUUCCCGCAGUGCAACAAGCAAGCCACCAACAAAUUCGGCGAGCAGCCUAAAGAUAUAAUCUGCAAGCGCGCCAACAACGCGUCUCCGGAGUGUGCGCGUCGUAUAUUGGGCAUGCUGGAGGAGCGGUUCUACGUGCCGGUGCUGCACGCCGAGGACGGCAGCGCGGCGCCCGCCAUCGGCCGCGCCUUCACGCCCGCCAUGCCCCCGGAAAUCAACCGUGACCCGCUGAGCCCGCGCUACGAGAUCCUUGCCUUCGCGGGCCCCAUGGCGGCGCCGGAGGCGGACAGCUUCCGCCGGAAGUGGAAGACGCCGCCGCGCGGGCCCAAGCUGCACGCGCCUGCUUUCCGGUUACAAGAGAUGACCAAAGGGCUUGAGACUGUCGGCAGAAACCUAGCAGAAGAAAUGAAAGUAGGCUGGAAGGAGUACUGGCCCUUCCUCGACACCUUCACAGACCUCAGAACCCCUGAGGGUCUAGCGUUACUAGAGAACUAUCUCAAGACCAAGUACGAGAGCGCCUGCUCCUUCGCUUAUAGCGACAGCUGCGCUCAAUCACAGUCUCCCGACGACAUCUCCUUGUCCAGAAUCAGUCUAGGCAACCUAGGCAACCAAUCACAAAGUCCUUCGAAACAAAACUCCGUACUAAGCCCCAUGUCUGAACUAUGUGUUGCUUUGAAAUCUUGCACAAUAUCUUCAGACAGACCGGCGCAUUGGAAGAAAACAGACCCUAUAAGACAGAGGAUGUGCCGACAACCUACGAAAGCAUUAACCAACGGCGAUGUCGCAUCACCAACAAACCCUACAAACCACUCGGUCAGCCAACUCGUCUGUAUCGAACGAACCUGCCAAGUAUUCGCUAAAAGAAUCGCCGAUGCUCUAACGUUCUCUUUAACAUCCGAACCAGAAGUAGCAGGAGAAUCUCUAAAAGCCGAAGCGAAGUACCUCCAACAUACAAUGUACACUUAUAUGGACGAUGAACGAUUUCAGAACAUUAACUUUGCGCUGAUACAUUCGCGACUAGCCCAGCUAGCCGUCUUCAUGUUGAAGCGACAAACUAAAGACACAGACGACGUGAACAGUUUAGCGGAGUUUUUAGUAAAACUGCGUUGUCCGAACGACGAUAUAUUCAGUUCGGACGAUGAGCACAGAUCUGCAAGAGGUCCAAGCAGGUUACGAAUGUCCCACAUAUUAGAUAGUCACAUUAAAUGCCUAGCUAGUUUUAUUAGUGAAGAGCUAGCGGAGUCGGAGGCGACUAAAGGGCCAUCUGUGUCCGAGUCGGAGUGUGCAGAGCUGUGGGGGAAAGCGGCUAAGUGCAGGUGUGAGUGGAAGAUUGAGAAUUUCGAGAGGAAUAGCAAGAAGAAUGCGUCGUUUAGGAAGAACCGGUCGAUAUUGUCGACUAGUCCGAAGAGUGAGAGCCUGGUUAGAAAGCUGACGUUCGAUUGUGACAUUGGCGACGGCAAAAGUCAACGCAACGAGACGUCCCGGCCGCUCAGCGUGAACUCUCCCGGCGGGGACUCCUCGCCGGCGCUCUACACGCUCGACACGGCCAAGUGCACCGUCGUGCCCGCAGAGAUAUCGGAGGACGAGUCCGGCGAGUCCUGCAACUCUGACGAGUACCAAACUGCCUCGGAGCAUUCUGACGACGACGAUGACAAAAUGGUGGACGCCAGCGACAGGGCGCUCGCCGAGCCUUUUAUAUACGGAGAGGAGCCGAGUAAGAUGGACCGACUAGUAUUCGACGCUCUAGCCCCGUGUAGCAUUAGUCCCGAGUCGUACCCCAACGUGUAUCGCUGGCGACAUACUGUCGCGCUCUACUCGCCUAAGGAGAGAGACAAGUUAGCGGCCCCCGACCCUCAACAGACCAUGUUCAUCUAAGUAUGGGGUCAGUGUGAUUAAAGAACUCUUUGCCUUAAUUUUACCAUUCUUUUUCAGGUCUUUAAUUUCCUCUUCAUAUAUCGAAUAUUGGUAGUAUCUUAUACAUCUCAUUUCUAUUUCUUCCAUUUCAGCUGCUGUCAAAUAAUCUUCACGACUUGUCUUGUUUUUCCAGUUUAUAAAUCUUCUGCAUUGAGCUAGUACUCUCUUCAACUUUGUCAAGGAUGAGAACCUUUCCCAGAUAGGAUUGUCACCUAGGUUAAUGUGAAACGUCUUCUUCUUUUCUAAACUUGUUGGUAGAAUGUCAACUCUAGUGAACUCGGUUUCUUUGUCUUUCAGCCACUCUGGUCCAGUCCACCAUAGUCCAUUAUCUACUAUCUCUCUUGCUCUGAUUCCCCUAGAGGCCAGAUCGGCAGGGUUGUCUCUUGACUGAACAUGUCGCCAUCUGUCAUUGUCGAUUAUUUGUAUGAUUUCUGAGACUCUGUUGCCCACAAAAACUUGCCAUCGGCUUG